AUGAUGAGCAACGCGCAGAACAACCGGGAGGUGAGGGUGACCGGCACUGGGGAACAGCCCGGAGCGAUAUGGAGGGCGGACGUCGAGUCCUACCUCCAGCUUCUGGCGUCACCCUUGGUGUCGCGAUCCUCAUCCCCGAUCCAGGAGGACACGGAGGAGGUGCCCGACACGGAGCUGUCGGAGGACGAGGCGAUGGCCGAAGGACCGGUGGACUAUGUGUCCCUCUCUUCGGAGAGCGAGGAGGACGACGGGGGUGAGACCGUCACCCCGGUGGUGUCCUCGGAAGAGGACGAAGGAGGCCGGAGCGCGAGGGCGAGGAUGACCUACCGCAGCCCACAGCCGCCGCUGCCGCCACCGGCGCAGUUGCAGCCACCACCGACGCAGCAGCAGCAGGAACAGCCGCAGCCGCCGACGCCGGGGCCAAAGCACCGAGAGAUGCCGCAGCCACCGACGCCGCAGCCGCAACCGCCGCCAGCACCACCGACGCCGCCGCCGCCGCGCACGCCGACGCCGACACCCCAGGAUGAGGAGGGGCCCCGGUGCGAGCGGCAGCAGUCCUGGGAAGUGGACCAGGCGCACGUCGCGCAGACGCUGCGCACAAUCGGCCUGGGCGGCCGCCGGUGGCACCAGCAAACGGUGACCUGGACGUGGCCCGCACCGCCGGAGGACACGCCGGAGGCCCGCGUGUGGGAGGAGGACGAAGACGCGGAAGAGAACCCGGAGAAGGGUCCGUGGGUGUGGCCCGCACCACCACCACCGAAGCUCGCGCGGCAGGAGUCAUGCCCCGAGGCAAGGCAGCCACCGCAGCGACCCUGCCUCCGCAGGCAGCAGUCGCUGUGUGAGAAGCCAUGGAGGGAACUCGAGCGCGCGGAGUGGCCACCCAAAGUGGUCGAGGAGGCCGAGGCCCAGGCGGGCAGAAGCCACAAGGACCGCUGGGCCAAGCUCUUCGUGCUGGACGGCCAGCGGUUCCGGCUGAAGGCACGCGGGCCGGCAAAUCGACGCGAGGCUGCCGAAGGCGCGGAGACGGAAAAGGAGGCCUCCAGGGCGCUUGAGGACCAGGGGCAGCCGCCCGGAGCAUGGAGGGGCGUUCAUCUGAGGUCCCUGCCGAAGGGCCUCCAGGGUGCCCGUGUCCAAGGCCGGCAACCCUGGAGCCUCAAGGGGCAUCAUGUCAUGUCCGAGGAGCUGAAACGAAGAGAGGAUGAGUAA